UCGGACACAUUUCAUACCGCUGGCUGUAUGGCGCUGGUGCAAGUCUUUCGGGGAAUCGCUGCGAUCUUGACUGUGCCUUGCGCCAUCUUGUCUUUUUUCCAUUCUAGCCCUGAGAAGGUUAAAUAUGUGGAAGACAAGGUGGCAUUGCCGCUACCGAAACGACUGCUGAGCUUUGUGAGCCAGUUUGCGCACCUCACCAUUGUGUCACAUGAGUUGACCAGUGGAUAUUUUGCGUGUGCAGUCUUGCGUGAGUGUGGACUGCUAAAGGCAUCCACCGGCUCAAACGACUGGCUCGAGUUGUAUUUUGUGGUUGCAACUUCCGUUGGCCUUUUUGUUGCCUUUGUGUUCUGGGGAAGUGCUUUAAUCGACCCUGCACUGAUGGCUCCAGUGGAUGUGAUUUUGCCGCCUCGAUACCAGCUUUGCCCAGAUUUCAAGCAGCACCUCCUUUUUGGAGCCAUGUUUGGACCUACCGAUCCUGAGCCUGCGUGCCGCUGGCAAACACCCUUCAGGCUAUUCAUGCAAUACAUCCACACGCUGUGCCCGUUGUUGCUGGUCGUGGAUAUGAUGGUUGCACAACAUUCGCUGGGACCAGCUGAUAUGGAAAUCAAUACGACGUUGUGCUUUGCAUGGUGUUAUCUCAGCUGGAAUCUCUUUUGCUGGUGGCUACUGCAAACACCACCAUAUCCAUUGCAAAAGCGAUUUUUCGAGCUUGGUGCAGCAUGGGCAGUCUUUGCCUACUCCGUCCUCAGCAUUUUUGCCAUGGCCUUGUGUAUCUACACUCGGUGGGUUCGGGCUGCUGGUGGUGCACUUGGAGCGACUUUUUCCGUUGCCCUUGUCAUCUGGGCAAGCACUGGUCUCCAGCCUUGGAGAGGAGAGCUUGCCCGUUUUCAAGGUCUUGAUCCUGAAGUCCUGGUGAAGGGCUGGCAAGCAGGUGGCCGUAGUGCAUUCUUGACAAAGGAAGCUGAGAUGGAAUUCCUGUCCCAAAAUAAAGCUUCAUAGGACAAGGAGAGAUCUUUGCUUGUUGGGUCUUGCCAGAGGAGGGACUCAAUUGAGUUCUUUUGAGUGGAUGCUGUGAGCACAAUGGUGUUUCCAAGAUGUAUGUACAGAAUCAUAUCCAGUGCAGGUAAUGUGAUCCCCAAGUGCAUGUGGCAUAUUGGGUGAGAGGGCUGCAGCAAGACAGCCCCGACUCGGCAGUUUGUAGAGUAAGAAAAAGUCU